UGGCUCAGCCGCACGUCGCUCUUCGCAGCCCUGUGCGCGCAUUGGUUGCUUCUGUCGGGUGCUGCUGAAUGCUGGCUUCUCAUUGGCUGCCGCGAGGGUUGAGGGUUGGACUUCCGACAGGGCUGGUCCCUCAGCCGUUCCUCAUCACACUUGUGCUCCAGGCCCUGCACCAGCCCCAUUGCCCUGCUCCAGAGGACAUGCAGGAGAAGGAAGCCAUCACCCCUGAGCGAGCAGAAGAGGUCAAACUCAAGGCCAAAUACCCCAACCUGGGCCAGAAGCCCGGAGGCUCCGACUUCCUCAUGAAGAGACUGCAGAAAGGGCAAAAAUACUUUGAUUCCGGUGACUACAACAUGGCCAAGGCAAAGAUGAAGAACAAGCAGCUGCCGAGUGCGGGGCCAGACAAGAACCUGGUGACAGGAGACCACAUUCCCACCCCGCAGGACCUCCCGCAGCGCAAGUCCUCGCUUGUGACCAGCAAGCUGGCCGGGUAACCCGCGCUCACAGCCCGGCCUUCCCCCUUCUCCUCCUCCUUUUGCCUAAAUGGAUUGAACUUCACUGUACCAUAGCGACAGGAGCACCAGAAUCCCCGUAGUUCCUUGAGCAGCCCAGCAAACACAGCCCAGCCCCCAGAAGACACGUAAGAGGCGUCAGCAGGACACACGGGCAGGUUCAGCUGCUCCUUUAGCAAAACCACUCGGUUCCCACCUUCGUUUUCCUGCUGUUUGGAAGCUUGCCGAGCCUCCGGAGCGCUGCCUCCUCACAGCAGGAAGGGGCUCGGAGUCGUUGCUGUUGCUUGGUGCUGGGUAGGAGGGGAGUGCUCGGAGCCGAGCUGUGUGAGCGCUGGGCAGAAGGUGCGGGAUGUGGGCUGGAGCUUCGGAGCGAAGGAACAAGCUGAUGUGCAAAGAGCUCCGUGGCUGCAGCGCUGGGCUGAGCUCGCAGGAGGGGACCUCACGUCCCACAGCCCUGCGGCUGCGUUGGGAAAGGUUCUGGGGGCUUGAAGCUGCUCUGGGUUUCAAGCACAGCUCCAUCGGAGCAGGGGGCGCGUGGGGCUCGCUGCUGCAGGGCUUCAGGCAGCUUCUCUCCAUGGGCUGCUGGAGGUGCUGAGCUGGGUCCCACCAGCAGCGAGGUGCUGGACACCGCAGAGAGCGGCCAAGCAGCGGAGCCCCGGCCUCAUGCCCACGGGUUGGCACUUGCAAAGCAGCCGGUGAGGUGGGUGGGAGCUCCUGGAGCUGAUCUCCGGAGCAGGGAAUAACCACCCUGCAAGGGGAAGAUGCGCCGGAGCCACCGAGCAUGGAGGUAGGAAGGGAGAGAGCAGUGUCGGGUGCCCCACGCUUGGAUUUCUUCCUUUUUUCUCCCUUUCCUUUCCCUUCUUUGCCUUUUCUUUGCUCUAGGCCUGGACAAAACCAACCAAACCCCAAGCAAACAGCGAGGUGGGUGCGAUGCUGCAGCCUGUGCACGUCCUGCCUGCUCCUCAGGCACUGGCUGGAGGUGCAGCACCUCCUGCCCUGUGCACUGCACGGGCUCAGCACCCCCGUGCCUGCUUUUGGAGGCGUUUAGGAGGAAGUCGAGUGGACUUUUUGCUUUCGUUGUGUGGGGAUGACGAGGGGGGAUCCCAGGGCUGGGAGGCAGCGGGUGCUGCUCUGCACGGGCACAGCGUGUUCCUGCCCGGCUGCCUCGGGGAACCCGUCUGACGGGUGUCAGCUCCCUGCUGCCGUGUCCCCAGGAGCGGGGCGCUGCUUCCUGGCAGGGUGUUUGCCAAGGGUGUGCUCGGAGCAAACCCGCUGCAGCUCCUCCCCUCGGGCACCCCGAGCUGGGGGCUCCCUUCCCCACAUCUCCCACGUUGUGGAGCAGGCAAAGGGGCACUGGGGGUGCCCCCUGGUCACCCCGGGGCUGGGCUUUGGUCUCCAGUCCCUUUGCACGCCCUGGGUGAGCUGGCACUGCCUGCAGCCUCCUCGGAUGUCCCGUGUGUCCCAGCCAUGCUGUAAAUAGAUAUGAAUCAUAUAUAUAUAUAUAAAAAUAUAUCUAAUUUUUUACAUGUUGA